AACUCACAGGGAGGGGAGGCAUCGUCAUCCCACAGAAGGAAGAAAAGAUCCAUAUCUAUAGAGAAACACGUGGAGACACUGGUGGUCGUAGAUACGGAUAUGACAUACGUCCUCACAGUUAUGAAUAUGGUAGCCGCUCUUUUCCACGAUGCUUCCAUUGGAAACGCAGUCAACAUUGUUAUUGUUAGAAUUGUUCUGAUGCAAGAUCCGGAUGAAGAACUGCAGAUAACACACCAUGCCGACAAGACGUUGAAGAGUUUCUGCAAAUGGCAGAAAGGCAUCAACUUUAGGGAUGACGAUCACCCCAACCACCACGAUGUAGCAGUCUUGAUGACAAGAAGAAACAUCUGCUCCCGCAACAACGAACCUUGCAGCACUUUAGGUUUAGCGCAAGUGGCUGGGCUGUGUCAGCCACACAGAACUUGUAGCAUCAACGAAGACACUGGACUGUCUCUGGCUUGGACGGUUGCUCAUGAACUUGGACACAAUUUUGGCAUGAAACAUGACAACCAGCACAGUGACUGCUUGGCAGAUCCAGAGAUCCAGUACGUCAUGGCUCCUCACUUGACUUGGGAUAAGACACCUUCCAGUUGGUCCAACUGCAGCAGGGCAGCCAUCACCAAAUUCCUAGACCGCAACUGGGGAUAUUGUUUGGAUGACCCACCUGGCCAGCAUGAUUUCAAGUACCCUGAGCUGCCAGCUGGCACAAUGUAUGAUGCUGAUCACCAGUGCAGGCUCUUGUAUGGAGAAGGUGCUGAAAGAUGCAAUGGCAUUGAAGUCUUAGAAAAUAUAUGUACAACCUUGUGGUGUAGGGUAAAUAAUAAAUGCUCAACCAAACUCCAGGCAGCAGCUGUUGGCACAAUAUGUGGUGUUGAUAAGUGGUGCUUCGCUGGUCAGUGUGUUGAUAUUGGUGAGAGACCACAGGCUAUUGAUGGGCAAUGGGGCCAGUGGGCAGAAUGGACUGGCUGUACCAGAACUUGUGGUGCAGGAGUCAGUUUAUCACAAAGGCACUGUAAUCACCCUCCCCCCUCAAAUGGUGGGAAGUACUGUACAGGUGAAAGAAAGAGAUAUAGAAUAUGCAACACAGAUAACUGCCCAGAAGAUGCUCCAAGUUUUAGAACACAGCAGUGCGCAGAGUUUAAAGAUAUUCCAUACAAAGGAACACAGUAUGAAUGGGAGCCUGUUGCAACACCAGAUACACCUUGCCAGCUUCACUGUAAACCAAAAGAUAUGUUCUUCUCUGUGAUGCUGAAGGAUAUAGUAACUGAUGGUACCCCCUGUGUCAUCGGCUCAAGACAUAUGUGUAUAAGUGGGAGGUGCAGGCAUGUUGGUUGUGACUGGAUCAUUGAUUCCAGUGCCACGGAGGACAGGUGUGGUGUAUGUUAUGGAGAUGGUUCAACAUGUGAGACAAUAAAAGAGCAGUUCAACGAAACCAAAAUUCAAGGUUAUGUGGAAGCUGCGGUGAUCCCUGCAGGAGCUCGUAACAUUCGGGUUGAAGAGGUGGCUGAGGCAAGUAACUUUCUUGCUUUAAAGAAUGAUGCUGGAGAAUACUACCUCAAUGGACACUGGUUUAUACAGUGGUCUGGAGACUAUGAGAUGGCUGGCACAGUAAUUCACUACAACAGGGUUGGAAACAAGGAAAAAUUCUUAGCUCCAGGACCUCUGAAGGAAUCCCUCCAUAUAAUGCUUUUAAUGCAAACUCAUAACCCUGGUGUGGAGUUUGAAUACACAGUUCCAAAAGAGAAUGCAACAAAUACCAAGAAACCAGAGUUCAGCUGGGACUACAUGACAUGGUCACACUGCACUGUCUCUUGUGGAGGAGGUACCCAGAGAUCCGCAGUUGUGUGUAAGGAACAAGAAGCAGGACUUGUCGAUGAAAGUCACUGUGACCAAAGUACUAGACCUGAUGAUCAGAUGAGAGCAUGUAAUGUUCAUUUAUGUCCAGCAAGAUGGUGGACUGGUCCAUGGCAGCAUUGUUCGGUCUCUUGUGAUGUUGGCAUCCAUCAAAGAACGGUCAUCUGUGUCCGCAGUAUGGGACCGGAUGAGCAAAUUGCUCUAGAGGAUCUGGCCUGUGAAAGUUUGCCUAAGCCCGUGGAGAUAGAAGCCUGCCACCACAAGGACCCAUGUCCUCGACCUGGUGUUUGGAAGGUGGAAGAGUGGAGCAAUUGUACCAAACCAUGCAAUGGUGGAUCCCAAGUUAGAAAUGUAACUUGUGUUGGAGAAACUGGUUGCAGUGAUGAGAAACCAGAAGUUCUUAGAGCAUGUAAUGAACAUAAAUGUGCAGAUAAUCUUUCAGCGGAAAUACUCAACAUAAAAGAAGGAGGCAAACAAGAUGGCAGUGACAUUCUUCCUUCAGAAUCACCAACAUCUUCAUUACUUUUAGAUAUGAUCAGCAUUAGCAAUAAUAGUAUGCUACUUCUGGAUGAUGAUGAAAACAAUAUUCUUAUCAUGAACUCAAGCUCGGAUCCCAUUAAAGAAAGUGUAAAUAUGAACAAUAAUGUAAAUAUUGAAAGCAGCCACUCUCAUGAAACUUUACAUCAUCAUCAUUCCGAAAAUAAAGAGGGUAACGUGACAAGUUCGGUACCUGAAAAGGGUUCUUGGAUUAGCCCAGACAGUGAGAAAAUGAACAAGGUGGACACAGUGCCAUUGCAAGUUAGUGAUAACACACAGAGUGUCCUUCCAAAUCAUUUCAAUGCUGGCAAUUCAUCUUUCACCUGGCAAACACUUCCAUGGAGCAAGUGCUCCAGUCAGUGUGGUCAAGGUGUGCGCACCAGACAAGUUUCCUGCGUUCAAAAGAAAACCAAUGAAAAAGUAGACAAGGACCUCUGCAACAUUGGGAACAAACCUUCAGCCAUCGAGGAAUGUUUUGAGUCCAUAUGUCUGGAGUGGCAGACUGGUUAUUGGGAAGAGUGCUCAGCCACCUGUGGACAGGCAACACAAUUUCGCCAGGUAUUUUGUGCCAACCCAGGACAGUGUGAUGUAUUGCAGAAACCAGAAUCCACCCGGGCAUGUAAGGACCUCAGCUCUUGUAUUAGCUGGGUGUAUGGAGACUGGAGUAAGUGCACAAAGUCAUGUGGUCUUGGCAGUCAAGAGAGACUGGUUCAGUGUGUGAAUCUCACGUCCCAGCAAUUGACACAAGGAUGUCAAGAAGAUUUCAAGCCUCCUGAGAGGCAGGACUGUAAUGAACAUGAAUGUCCCGCAGAUGAUAAUGCUGCUUUGACCGUCUCAUGUGAAUCCAAUGAAAUGAGCUUCAAUGUUUGCCAAAUGCUGAAAAAAGUCGGACUGUGUCACAAACAAUAUGUACAAUCAAAAUGUUGUAGAACAUGCCACCAUGAUGACAGACCAAAACCUGAUGUGUCAAACUUGUCCUGA